UUUAUUUUCCGCUACGAACACCAUCUUACCUACCCAGAGAAGUCUAUACCAACAGCUGUGAUUGUAAACACAGUCUGUACAUCCAUCGCAUCGCAGUCUGCUUGGAUAGUAACAUAUCAAACGCGAUUAUAAAAAAAAUUGCCCACGUACAAGGCCUACUGGACUGCAAUUUCCGCUGACUGAUUGCUGGUUGAAAAUUAGAAAUAAUUCCUUUCCAAUUCACCUGGAUGUACCCACCUGCAAUCAAACAGUACCGACCAACAUGGCACUGUUUGACGAUCUCUCGUUCAAAGAUAUAUUGGCAUCGUCGGCCACUAUCUCGACCGUAUUGCAGUUCCUAACAGGAUCCGUGAUAUGCCACCGAUAUAUUAGGAAGAAAUCCACCGGGGAGACGUCCGCUUUUCCAUUUGUGUCUGGAUUCCUAUCGUGCUCGCUUUGGUUAAAAUAUGGAUUACUAACCGAAGAACAUACAGUAAUUUUUGUAAACACCAUAGGCUCGGCCUUGUUUUUAGCAUACGUAAUAAUUUACUUUACAUUUUCUGUAAACAAACAAACAGUUGUUCGACAAUUUCUGGUUGUUUGUGUCUUCAUAUUGGCUUGUAACGUUUAUACAAAAUACGAAACAAAUUUGGAUGUUUCCCUUCGAACUAUUGGAGUUGUUUGCUGUUGCGUUGGAGUAUUGUUCUUCGCAUCACCACUAUCAGUAUUAGCGCAAGUGAUACGAACCAAAAACACCGAAAGCUUACCAUUUCCUAUUAUUGUUGCAUCGUUUUUCGUUUCCCUUCAAUGGUUCAUCUAUGGAAUGCUCAUAGAGGACAGCUUUAUCCAAAUUCCGAAUCUUCUGGGAUGCAUGCUGUCAUCGGUUCAACUUUUGCUGUACGCAAUUUAUCCGAAUCGAAAGUUGUACGCUGAUGGUGGACCAUCGUACCAACCGUUACGGUCAGAUGCCAACAUUCUUUGAAAAGGGUUAGCAAAGCUUACCUUGAACUGAGGAGACAUGCGGACCAUGUGAUUGCUCCAACACUAUUUUGUUGAAUGUUUCUUCCGUGAUCAGUACAAUGUGGAAAUUAAGUUAUUCUUAAUAUUAAAACACGAAGCAAAUCGACUACUUGUUACUAAUUUGUACCAACAUAAAAUGCUGUAAUUUAUACUUUUAAGAUUUUGCAAUUGACGAGAAACAUUAAAUAAUUAAAAAGAAUAAA